AUGUUUUCUCUUAAGAACUAUCUUGUUAAUUUAAAUCUUUUUUCAUCAUUGGAUCAACAUAAUAAUGAGCAAAGAGAUGAUGAUCAUCAACAACACCAAUGGAAUACUAUUUGGACACGACUUUAUCUUAUUCUCCUUAUAAUAACACUCUUUAGUAUUGGUCUUGUGUUAUUCUUGAUAAAAGAAACAACAUUGAUUGUCAGUUCGAAUCCAACAAAAGAACAAUUUCAUACACUUCCUCCAAAUGUCAAAUGCUCUUGUUCACAAAUCUCGAUAUCAUAUGGAAAGUUUACUACACUCGAAGCAAAUUUUCAUCAAAUUUGUUCGAGUGAUUUCGUUACUGAUCGAUGGAUCCAGACAAUUAGUUUUGGUGCGAAUUCGACUUAUUUCUUCUCGCAAGACUUUCGCACUUUUGGUAGUGCACAAUUUCAAGCAUUAGCUGCUUUUUGUCGUUUGUCGAAACUGAAUAUUGAACAAAGUAUUUCAUUCUUUUAUUCAAGUAUGUUUUUCACUCCUGAAGUAGUAUCUAAAAAUAUUCUUCAAUCACAAACUCAAUUAUCUAUCAAUGAAUUUCGUUCACGAGCACCAAAUAGUUUCAACUCUCAACUAGCAAUAAUCAACCGCAUGAUAAAUGCUAAUAAAAUAUUUUCUGCUUUACCGAUGAGUAGAUUUUAUUACUACGAAAUUGAUCAAAGUACGACACAAAUCUCGGUGAUAUCUAUUCGCUAUGUUCAAAAAGAUGGUUUGUCAUGUGCUUGCGAUGUCGCCGUCUGUGAAAUGAUUCCGUCCGGUAUUUACGAUGCUUUCGAUAAGUCAAGACCGAUUUAUGCUAAUAGUGAACAAUGGUCAUUCCCAGGAAUAUCAGCAGGUUGUUAUCCAGUAGAUUCAAUUCUUGUUUCGACACUCGAAUGUUUUUACGAUCAGAAUUGUGUGAACAAACUUAUUUCAUUCUAUUCAACUAACGAAACAUUUAAAGCGAUGGAUAUACUUGAUCAAACAAUAUAUAAUAUAAACUCUACUGUACAAGAAAUGAUUGAUAAUUUAAUUAUAGAAAAUUGGACUAUCGAUAUUUCUUACGAAAAAUAUUUUUCAGAAUGUCAAUCUACGAUCUAUGUCUCUUUAAUUAUAGUUGAAACAAGUUUUCGUACAGUAUANUAUCAUCGACUGCAUUAG